UUAUACUCAUCACCAUGUUUCCCAAUGUUUAUAGAGAAUAUCAUCUGGAGUCGGAGAACAACGUACAUAGGAAACCAUCUCGACCUUAACCAUGCACUGCUCUUUCUUAUUCACAGCCUUCGUCGUGUUUCUUAGCACCUUUGGCUCUGUGACUUGCUCUUCAUCAUUUACAUGGAACAGACAAUCAUUUCUUCUCAAUGGUGAACCAUACCAAAUUAUCGGCGGGCAAAUGGACCCUCAGCGAAUUCCUUAUCAAUACUGGCCUGAUCGUCUAUACAAAGCACGUGCAAUGGGUCUUAACACCAUAUUUUCAUACGUGUUCUGGGACCAGAUCCAGCCAACCCCAGAUACCUGGGAUCUGACAGGCCGGAACAAUGUUGCGGAGUAUUUUCGUCUCGCUCAAGAAGUGGGCUUGAACGUUGUACUGAGGGCAGGGCCAUUUGUCUGUGGAGAACACGAAUGGGGAGGGUUUCCUGCUUGGCUUAGUGAAGUGCCUGGGAUGGUGGUCCGUUCCAAUAAUGCACCAUUUAUGAAUGCUUCAAAGGCAUACAUUGAGCGCCUCGCCACCGAGCUCCAGCCUCUGUUGAUAACUCAUGGAGGACCCAUCCUCAUGGCUCAAAUUGAAAAUGAAUACGGUUCAUAUGGAGCAGACCAUACUUACAUGGCCGCCUUGCGAGAUAUGUUCAAUGACGCUUUCGGCCUUCCCCUAUACACCAAUGAUGGCGGGGGCGAAUCUUAUCUUAUUGGCGGCCAAAUCCAUGGCGCUUUGGCUGAAACAGACGGCAGUCCCCAAGUUGGCUUUGCUGCGAGGGACCAGUAUGUCACAGAUCCGAUCAGUCUUGGGCCGCAACUCGAUGGCGAAUAUUAUAUCACGUGGCUUGACCUCUGGGCCAGCAAUAGCAGCUACCAAACCGAUGUUGGGUCCGCCUCUUCUAUCAAAGCGGUUCAAGAGGACUUGAGUUGGAUUUUGACCAACAAUUCAUCCUUCAACAUAUACAUGUUUCACGGUGGCACGAACUGGGGCUUUCAAAACGGCGCCGAUUGGUCAGAUUCCUUGACUCCUGUUACAACAAGUUAUGAUUACGGUGCUCCUCUUGACGAGAGCGGCCGAAUAACUGAUGUAUACAGUGCACUGCGAGAGACCAUCAGCUCGUAUGUAGCUGCGGGUAGCAUACCUCCCGUCCCUAAGCAGAUCCCACCAAUCCAAAUUGACUCGAUCGAGGUAUCUCCUACUUUGGCCCUAUUCGAUUUUCUUCCUCAGCCUAUCAGUGCCGUAACCCCAACCAACAUGGAAGCGCUCAAUCAAUCGCAUGGAUUCAUUCUAUACCGCCACACUGUCCAAUCUGCCAUCAGCGGCACCUUAGAGACAGGAGAUGCUCCUCGGGAUCGUCUCCUCAUUUACCUCAACGGGAAGCGUGCUGGAGUUAUCGACAGCAUCUACCAGUAUCCUCAAACUGUGACCUUGGCUUUACAACCAAACGAUGUGUUAGAUAUUCUGGUCGAAAACAUGGGCCGUGUGAACUACGGUCCAAGGAUUCCCGACCAGCGGAAAGGGAUAGUUGGGAAUGUCACAGUCGGCGGUAGUACACUCAUGGAAUGGGAGAUGUUCCCACUAUCCAUGGAGGAACCUCCCACGCCCCAAGCAAGAUUGGAUGUUAAGGAUCCUGUGAGCUCCGGACCCGUCUUCUACAGUGGUUCAUUUGAUGUCGACACUCUUGGCGACACCUUCCUAGAACUUCCUGGCUGGACAAAGGGAGUGGUUUGGGUCAAUGGUAUCAAUCUUGGACGUUACUGGACAGUUGGUCCGCAGCAAACACUCUAUCUUCCUGGUUGUUACCUCAAGAACCGGAACAACGAUAUCACUGUUCUGGCCCUGGAGCCAAACGCCAAUCAAGGUGCCAUUAGAGGAAUUCAGACUCGGAACUGGGGUAAUAAUCCCGACCCAGAUGCUCCAUAGCAGUGGUGCUGGCCAUGUCAAUGUCUAACUUGAGCCGCGGUGUAUCCAAGGGGCU